CCAUAUAUUAUAUUUUCAUUUUCAAUUGCAAACAAUCCUACUUCCUUCCCGAGCACCCAAGCCCGGCCAGGUUCAAGGUAGAAUAUCUAUUUUGCAACCGCGCUCUGUCCAUACUCCAGCCACGAAUCUACUCACCAUACAUCGAGAACCUACUUCAAACUUCAGAAUUUAAUCACAACCGUGUUCUUCAUGAUGGCAGACUCCAUGUCUUCGCACAAAGCCAUGGAGCCUCGUAAACUAUCCGCUCCACCCGGUUCCAAUGUCGACAAUACGAAGCAUACUAUCCAUCAAUGCCCUUUCAAGAAGGGAACACAGCAAGAAAGCAUUGGCGUUCUUCCCGUCCAAAGUCCAAAGCGACAACAGCAAAUCGGCGGCAAAGAGCCACCCCGCGUCUAUAGUACUCUACACAGUCCAUCCAAGAUGACAUUACUGAACAGCGCCGCGCCGCAGUCGGACUAUCACCCUACCAAUCUUCGAGAAGCACUUGCCUUUCGAGUCAAGAAACGCCAAUCCGCUCCAAUCCCCACUAACCAGAACAAGGCCAUGAGCGUCGACUUCGUCCUAAACAAGGACGACACUACUAUUACUCCCCAAAAGGCUAUGGAUAUUGGCUCCGUUGUGAUCAAGGACUCUACUACCACGCGCGCAAAGGUUAUGGAUAUUAGCUCCAUUAUGAACAAGGACCCCGUUACUACUCGUCCAAAUGUUAUGGAUAUUAACACCAUCGUGAACAAGACCCCCAGUGCUCGUCCCAAUGCUAUGAGUAUUGAUUUCAUCGUGAACAAAGAUUGACAAAAGCAUCGCUUGAACUGAAACAUGCACAAUAUUCAUAUGUACAAAUACUCGCUUGAACUCGCCGGUGUAGAAAUGGGGCAGCUUUUGGGAACACAUCGAAAUACUCAUGGGUGUACUUAAUACUAGGGAUCUUCAUUAGAAGACCCUUACUUGGAAGUCACGAUGAUUGUGAAAUAAGUGGUUACUUGAUGAAUACAUCAAAGCCGUUCUCUGUACUACAGACUUAAUGUACUAUUCGAUGAGGAACGAUCGCUGCUUUGGCACCAAUAGGAAUUGGAAUUGAUAAUAAUCAAACUCGAACUUGGCUUUAAUACGGCCAUCCGCU